UUAGCUAAUUAACCUCUGCAUCAUGCUUUCCACAAUGCUACAAAGUACAAACUCCCACCCGUUUCCUUGAGCGCAUUCACGUCGAACACCCUUCAACCCCACAACACCAGUCACUCGCCGGAACACCAUGGCCGGCGUUCUGAACUUCAAGUCAACACCACCGAUUUCUAUGCCCAUUAGGCGUCAUCUCAAAACAAAAACAUCGAGUAGCAAUAGGGUCUCUGUGAUAAGAUCAUCAACAGAAAUUUCCGAUACCGCUUCCACUUCUUCUACUUCAAUUAAAGAGGAACCAAAAUCAGGGGUUUCUGCAAUCACUCCUCCGCCUAACUUCAAGCCUCCGGAGCCGAAGCGGUUUGCCGUUAGACCGGACAAGGUUGCCGACGUCAUUACUGCUAGUCUGAAUCUCUUGUUUCGAUUUGGGACUGGUGUUUUUGUUUCUGGGUAUUCAGUUUCUUUUGUGCCCAAGAACGAGUUUCCAUCUGGCCAGUAUGGUCUUGAAGUUUCUGGAUACAUAGUAAAAGAGAGCUCAAAAUUAGGCCCCAGACCCGAAAAGCCUAUUGAGAUAUACGAAUUUGAAGGCUGCCCUUUCUGUCGUAAGGUGAGAGAAAUCGUUGCAGUGUUGGAUCUUGAUGUACUAUUUUACCCUUGCCCAAGAAAUGGCCCAACUUUUCGCCCCAAAGUUGGCCAGAUGGGUGGCAAACAGAUGUUUCCUUACAUGGUAGAUCCAAAUACAGGAGUGGCAAUGUAUGAAUCAGAUGAUAUUAUAAAGUAUCUUGUCCAGAAAUAUGGAGAUGGAAGUGUGCCAUUAUCUUUGUCACUUGGUCUGUUGACAACUUUGACCGCAGGUUUUGCCAUGAUUGGUCGAAUGGGGAAGGGGAGCAUCUAUACCAAGGCAAAGAUGCCAGCACAACCUCUUGAAGUAUGGGCGUAUGAGGCAUCCCCUUUUAGCAAACUUGUGCGUGAAGUACUUGUAGAGUUGGAGCUUCCUCAUAUUCUUCACAGUUGUGCUCGUGGAAGCCCAAAACGACAAGAAUUAUUUAAGCGGGUUGGACACUUCCAGGCACCUUAUUUGGAAGAUCCAAACACGGGGGUGAAAAUGUUUGAGAGUGCUGAAAUUGUGGAAUAUUUAAGAGCAACUUACGCUCUUUGAUCCCCUUUCUAUGUAUAUUAUAGUUCUGAGGCCUUAAAAAGUAAAAACAACGCCUUCUUGUAGAAGGAAAUAUUACAAUAGAUAUAUGAUCCAAUUAAAAGACUACCCUUGCUCCAACUUUUUGAUAUAAGUAGUCAUCCAAGUCAAAC